ACGAACCGGACGGACAGACGUUCACCAGGUGGCGACUGCGUCCAAGAGUCACCGUGAUCAGGUUGAUCAGGCGACUCGUAGGUACGUUGAAAGGUUGCGAGUCUGUCGUGUAUCGUUCUGCCACAUGUUGAUUAGUUGAAAAUAAGGAGAGAUAGAAAAGCGCAUCUUCACGGAUUCUUCGCCGCCACACUUGGCUUGGCACACGACGUUCGCAGACCGUCAUAGUUCGCACUUUACACUCUUCACGGUCGUCGUCGCCCCUGCAACAAGUCAAGCCGACGAACAUAAUAACGUCGCGUAAAGACAUUCGUACAUCCCGUACCCGUCCACGGACAAGAAAACGGAUAUUUUCGACGUCAAGCAGUCAUCGGGAAAGUAGUCAAAAUUCCGGUCCCUACUAGGAAACGAGAGGGCCUCCAACAAACCGGCGGCAGAAAUCCAUCAGCGAUUGGCCAAGAACCAUCAAGCAAAAUGAACAGCAAGAGGAAGAAUAACCGUACGAAUAAUAACAGGUACUGCCAAUCACUUGGCUUUCCUCGUCAAGAUCAUAAUAGCAGAUCUCCGCGAGCACGUGGACCACAAGAGAGGAAUGUCGCAGCAGAGGGGGUUUAUAACAAUGCUCAUUUUAUGCAUGCGGUUACUAGCCACGUUGGCAAUACCGUACAGAUUCAAACUCAAAAUGGCUCGGUAUAUGAGGGCGUGUUUAGAACAUUUUCGAGUCAAUUUGACGUAGUGUUGGAGUUAGCUCAUCGUGUAGAGAGCUCCGGAAAGAUUUGCGUAGAUAGCGUAGUAGAAAAAUUAAUUUUUAAACCACAAGACGUUGUUACUAUAUCUGCCAAGGACGUUGAUUUAGAUUAUGCUAUAAGAGAUACUUUUCAAACGGACACAGCUAUUAGUAAGUUUAAUGGUUUGAUCGGCGAGAAGGAACUCGAACCCUGGGAUCCGCCGACUGCCAUGAAUGGAGCUGAUUUAGAAUUGGACGGUGCUGCUAACGGUUGGGACGUCAACGAAAUGUUUCGUAAAAAUGAACAAGAAUACGGAGUUCAAACGACAUUUGAACCUUCUUUGGUCGGUUAUACUCUACAACUACAACGUAAAGACACGAAAGAUUACAAGGAACAAGAGCAAAAAGCUGCUGAAAUAGCAAAUGAGAUCGAAUCUCAACCGAAUCAUAAAGCUAGAUUAGAACUAGAAAAUGGCGAUGAGGAGGAAAGAUUUGCAGCUGUGACGAGACCCACCGAAGGAAAAUAUAUUCCACCGCCAUUGAAAAAGAAAAAUGGUAACACUAGCAAAUUGAUGAGAUCCAGCGAACCUCCAUCUUCGCCAGGAACCACAAGUAAUAAGAAUGUCUACAGUCAACCCCCUCCGUCCACGGUUACGGUAAAUGUCCCACAACCGAGCAUGUCGGUUGGAGUACAGCCUACUCAUACCUCGGUACAACAUCCGGUACCCUUAAAUAUGAGUAUGCCGCCCAACGGAGUGGUUGUCACAUAUAAUAAUCCACCACCGCCGUUUGUGCCUCCACCGACGACGCAGUCACAGCAAGUAAUCCAGCAGAAUCAAUCACAAUCUCAAGUUACUCCUUCGAUGCCGCAAGUAAGCUUCCCACCACAACAGACACCUCCGAAUAAAAUAAAUACAGAAAAACGUGAGCGGCCUGGCAGACAGGUUUAUCAAGCUGAUAAAGCGCCACCAGCGCCAUUUCCACAAUCAAACGUUGCAUCGUCUCAACAACAACAACAACAACAAUCUACACAUCAGCAACAUACAUCAUUGACGCAACAAAACUCUGUAGAAGGACAAAUAGUUAUACAUAAAUCGGAUCAUAGAAAGGUUCCAACACCACGUGGAAGAGAAGAACAGCAUUCGGAACUGAGACAAUUCGCUGCAGAAUUUAAAUUAGCGGAAUCGCAGGGAUCUUCAGAUACCCCUCAAAUAUCUAGAAAACAACAGCAUCAGCAUCAACAAGAUGUGCAUUCCGCUACCCCGAUGAAUCAGCCACAUCACCAAGGUCCUCAUCAACAUACCAGUCCACAGCAGCAAUCGCAGCAGCAGCCACCUACACAACAGCAUACCAGUCCUCAUCAGCAACAUCAAACUGUACAAGAGGAACCAGUUACCAGUAAGCCUCCACCUGGUCCAUUAGUAAGAUCUACAAGUCCGCCUCAGCAGCAACAACAACAGCAGCAGCAGCAGCAGCAACAACAACAACAACAACAACAACAACAGCAGCAGCAACAACAACAGCAGCAACAGCAACAACCACCACCACAACAACAGCAACAACAACAACCACCGCCACCACAACCAGCUCAAACUCCUCAGAAUACUUCGACAGUGCAACAAUCUCCAUCGGAGCCCGCGGUUGAUAAGAUAACUACUGCUUUUAAGAAAUCUACUUUAAAUCCAAACGCUAAAGAAUUCAAUCCAAAUGCCAAACCAUUCACGCCGCGCUCACCUAGCACACCGACGCCUAGUCGGCCGCAUACACCGCAAACUCCUCAGUAUACAGGGGCGACUAUGCCCGCAACCGUUGUUAUGCCGGCAUACGUAACGCCGACAGCUUUCAGUCAACCACCUACUCAACAAGUGGCAAGGUUCCGGAAGGUACCUAUGAUGCAGCAUCGUGCGCCAGAUAUAGCGUCUCAGAUGCAAGUGGCCGCAGCAACGGGACAGCCGUUAUUAGCGCCAGCUAUACAUCCAUUCCAGGUGCCUUAUCCAGGACAACCGGCGUAUCAACAAAUGGUACGAAUGGUCCAGGCACCGCCGCCACCUCAUAUGGCCACUCCGUACCAUCAUCACCAUGACUCGCAAGGGCCGCAAGCCCCCGGCAUACAAUAUAUGGGCCCGCACACUCAUCCGCAUCCUCAUGUAGCCCAGCAGCCACCUAGCCAAACGCCGUCUCCAGCUAAUCCGAAUCAACCACAUACACCGGGCGCUUAUAAUCCACCUGGCACUCCACAGCCUACAUAUCCGCAACCUCCUCCGCAAGGUCACGCGCCGAGCUAUCCGAUCAUGUGCCCUAUAAUUCCAUCUCAUAUACCGUCAAUUCCACCACAACACAUGCAAUACCUGCCACCGCAGCCACCUCCGGGUGCGCAGCAGACUAUACCCGUCAUUUUACCGCACAAUCAGUAGCUGCGGCAUAAAGUAAAGGAAGAAAAGGAAAAGCGAUAGUAUUCUGAAAAGGUAGGAUAAGACUUUCAAAAUUGAGUUACUUUCAUGAUGGCGUGUCAAUUGUUGGAACUUUCGAAGAGCCGCUCUUGCUUUAAUUAUGCGUUCUCGAUUUAUCGAUCGCUAAUCGAUAUAAAUUAAGCAUCAAUCAUCAACUUUCUGCGUUGAUGAGCAGUUUUAAAUUAUAACUCUCACAUACAUUUACUGAUUACAAUGGGAGGAAAGAGAGGCCGAUUAUAUUUUCAGCCAGUAAUCAAUGAUAUAAAUAUCCCGUAUGGUACUAUAAAUGAUUCUAAAUGAUUGGAGAGUGCCGACCAUCUUGAAGGUAACUUGUUAUUCAAAUGUAGGUCGAUCGUUGAAUGACCUAUGGCCUGUAUUAUUGAGUCCCGUAAAAAAUCUUCUUGAUUAUUUUAAUCAAGUUUUAAAAUUGUAAAAUGAUAGUUUUCAUCAUUAUGCAAUUUCGCAAAAUUCCCACGAGUUCACUUUUAUCGGAUUAGCAUGUCUACCGGAGAAAGAUUUAAUGAUCUUUUGGAUCGUGCAUUUUAUCGAGUAGUGCUCAAUGUGUGCAGAAAAUAUACCGCUCGCGUUUAAUAGACAUAUUUUAAAUUCAGCAGUUUUAAUUUUAUUAUACAUACAACAUAACUUGCAUUAUAUUGUAAUAUCAAGUAACAAUUCGGUGGAAAAACAAGAUCGAUCACGCGCGAGUGAAUACUUUCUCCCUUUCCCUUUCUCUGGCUUUUUUUCCCCAUUCGUUGUUUUUAAUCAAGAUGAUUAUUGAAAUUACACGAGAGAGAAUAUGGAAGUACAUGUGGCAUAUUUUUCUGCCCGUGACUGCGUGUCGAUUCCAUUCAUUAAGGAAGAAUUUGGAGAAAAAAGAAGAUAGGACGAUCACACGACUCUUUCGAGUUAGAUUUGAAUGAAGCAAGCGAUAACUAACAAAACUGGAGUACGGUUUGCAGGGUAAAACGCUAGCGAGAUAUGCGAUUCUGCGAUUUGUUGAUAAUGAGUUUUGUUACGAGAUGUUGAUACGCGCAGGAUCUUUGAACGCGAAAGAUUACAUCGAGUAUGCGAGAUACAACAUUUGCAUACUGAAUACAAAUCGUGCUAACGUUAACGGUGCGAACAACAGACAUUCGAGAGGUAUAUAAUUUGCACGUUUUCACAAUCGAGUUUAUUAUCCAAGUUUUAACAAUUGAUUUCAAUAGUAAACUCUACAUCUCGUGUUGCUAUUCUGUUCGCCAAUGGUUCGGUACGACUUGUUUUCCUUUCUUCUCAUUUCCUAAUGAUACACGGUAACAGACGCAAAAUCUAAUAACGAGAAGCACGUUGUUGCAGAAGCUUAAAAAAGAAAAAAAAAAGGAAAAAAAAGCUCGAUAUUAUUAGCUUUGUCGCUAUCUUCAGAUUGGCCUCUGUGUGUACGAGAUGUAGGAAAGGAAACGUGGCGAGGCUUCAUCAUUUCUUAUAUUCAACAGUUACUUCAUUACGUGACGGGUAUCAUGAUACAUCCGUUAGUAAUUUUGAUGAGAAAGAAAAGAUAACGCCAUACUUGGCAGAGACUUGUAAUUAGUGAAGUAAUGCGAGUUCUUGAAUGACGAAUCCUUUGCCUAAUUAUGUACCUCUGUCGACAAGUGAAAACGUGCGAAUGCUUGAUACCAUGGACUUGGAAAUCUAUCUGAACGUAGCGUAUACUGCCAAUUAAGACAAGGGAUGAAAUCAGAGGCGUCGAAGAAAAAGAACAUCAGCAUCUCUCGUAUCUCAUUAAUACCAUUUGUUUGUUCUGCUCGAAGAUGUGACCCAGAAAGAAUAAAGAGGUAGCGCCGUACUCGCUCGAUUAGAUUCGAAAGGAUAACUUAAUAUUUGUCGCGUUACAACGUGUAGAGUAAGAAUUGUAACAAGUAUGCGUGUACGAUGUGUGAAAACAUUUUCAUUUUCGCGUGCCGUUGUACAGAUGUUAUCGAAAUAAGGAAAAAGACAGGAUAAAAAAUAGGAAAAGACUAGAAAAAAAAGAUCGUUUUAUUCCGAGUUAGAGAUAUAUGUGAUGUCAAACGAUCUAUAAGAACAGGAAUUUGAUCCUGGCACAGGAUACUGAUGUCGAGUUGAAUAGGAGAAAGGUGCAAAAUAUUUGAUUUUUUUCUUUCCUAAUCUCAAUCGCUAAUCUCCGAUUCCCCUUGUAAAAGGCUGCGUUCAGAUGAAUUUUUCGUCCACGCUCGAUACCGAUUGGGAAAAGAAAGUUAAACAACUACGGCCUUAGACCUAAUCGUGUAUAUAAAU